CAGGCGUAUAUGAUCCUUUCCUCAGCUGCCGCCAAGGUGCUCGGUCCUUCCGAGGAAGCUAAGGCCGCGUUGGGGUGAGGCCCUCACUUCAUCCGGCGACUAGCACCGUGCCGGCAGUCCACAACAUGGCUUCUGUCUCCGAGCUCGCCUGCAUCUACUCCGCCCUCAUCCUGCACGACGACGAGGUGACGGUCACGGAGGAUAAGAUCAAUGCUCUCAUUAAAGCAGCUGGUGUCAAUGUUGAACCUUUCUGGCCUGGCUUGUUUGCAAAGGCUCUGGCCAAUGUCAACAUUGGAAGCCUCAUCUGCAAUGUAGGGGCUGGUGGGCCAGCUCCAGCAGCUGGAGCUGCGCCUGCUGGUGGUCCUGCUCCAUCUGCCGCUGCUGCCCCAGCUGAGGAGAAGAAAGUAGAAGCAAAGAAGGAAGAAUCUGAAGAAUCCGAGGAUGACAUGGGCUUUGGUCUUUUUGACUAAACUGCUUUUGUUAACAUGUCCAAUAAAGAGCUGAACCUGUGA